UGCCGGGAUUAUCCCUGGAAUUCGGGAUCCCAGGAGGGGGGGAAAAAAGCGGAGCCUUGGAUCGCUCCUUAUCCACCGGGAACCCAAACAAUUCCCUCAGCCGGCUCCGGCCGGGAUAAACAAUUCCCAAAAAAAACCCCAAAACAAUAAAAUCCCGCCGGGAAUGCUCAUCCCGAUCCUUCGGAAAUGACGGGAGCGCGCUCGGGGGGCGCCCUUGGAAUUCCAGAGGGGGAUGAAGAGGCGGGAGGGGCCCAUCCCAAGCGGGUUAUAAAUCCGGGAAGAACCUCCGGGCUGGGAAUUCCAGGGGUUUUUUUUUCCAGGAUGCGCUCCCAAAUCCGCCUCCUCCUGGCGCUGCUCUGCGCGGCCCCGGCGGCCGCGGCUCCUCCUCCUUGGGAAGCGGCGCGGAGAGACCCAAAUCCAUGGAUUUGGGAGGACGAUUCCCAGUCCCCGGCGCGUUCCCAGCAGCAUUCCCAGAUUCCCGUGGAAGUGCAGUGCCAGGAAGCGCAGCUGGUGGUGAUCGUGCACCGGGAUUUAUUCGGGAACGGCCGCUUGGUCAGCGCCGCCGAGCUCAGCCUGGGUCCCGCCGCCUGCAAAUAUUCCCGCUUGGAUCCAUCCCAAAAAACCGUCACCUUCAGCGCCGGCCUCCACGAGUGCGGCAGCACCGUCCAGGUCACUCCGGAUUCCCUGAUUUACCGGACGCUCCUGAGCUACGAUCCCAGCCCCGGCAGCAACCCGGCCAUCGUGCGCAGCAGCCCGGCCAUCAUUCCCAUCGAGUGCCACUAUCCCAGGCGGGAUAACGUCUCCAGCGGUUCCAUCCGUCCCACCUGGGCUCCCUUCAACUCGGCGCUGGCAGCCGAGGAGCGGCUCCAGUUCUCCCUGCGCCUCAUGAACGAGGACUGGAGCUCGGAUCGGGAAUUCUCUCCGUUCCGCCUGGGGGAGGUGCUGCGCAUCCAGGCCGAGGUCAGCUCUGGGGGCCACGUCCCGCUCCGGCUCUUCGUGGAUUCCUGCGUGGCCUCGCUGGGCCCCGGUGCCGGCAGCGAGCCCCGCUACGCCCUGAUCGACUUCCACGGCUGUCUGGUGGACGGGCGCUCGGAUGCCACCGCCUCGGCCUUCGUCACCCCCCGUCCCCGGCAGGACAUGCUGCGCUUCCAGAUCGACGCCUUCCGCUUCGCCGGCGACGCCCGCAGCCUGAUCUACAUCAGGUGCCACCUGAAGGUGACGCCGGCCGAGCGCAGCCCCGACGCGCUGAACAAGGCCUGCUCCUUCAGCAAGGCGCGCCAGGCCUGGGCGCCCGUGGAGGGGACGAGGGACAUCUGUGGUUGCUGUGAGCUGGGAGAAUGCGGCAAGGAGGAGAUGGCCCGGAACCGACGGCCAGCGGAACCAUGGGAUGGCCACCGGUACCGGAGAGACGCUGCCACCUCCGAGGCCGACGUUGUCCUUGGGCCGGUGCUGCUCUCCAGCGAGCAGCGGGGCCAGCGCCCGCAGAGCCACCAGGGCACGGUGACCCCGCUGGCCCUGGGGACAGCACUGGCCGCAGCUGUGGCCACAGUGGUGGUGGCUGGAGCCGUGCUGGCCAUCGGCCUGAGGCGCCGCAAUUCCCAGUAAAUCCCAGAAUUUCAGGGAAAUCCUGGAAUUCUGAGCAAAUCCCAGAACUCCCAACAAAUCCC